AAGGAGCUCAAGAAUAAAGUGAAGGAAGGAUCAUUUGUGCCUCAUGGAGACAAUGAUGUGCUCUCAGUUGCUCUUCAGAAAAAACCAAAUGGCAGUAGAGUACAGGGUUUGGGGCACUUCAUUACCCCAACACGAUACUUUCACACGCCAAAGGCAAUCAAAACCGAGAAGGACAAAGUACAAGCCGUAUGUGAUAGAAGGUAUGCAAUGAUGUUGCAGAAGUUUAGUGAAAUGAAAGAUCAUGUGUCCAAUGCUUUUAGUGAAAUUGGUAGUUGCAGCGAUGCCAAUAAAUCUCAGAAAAGAAAGGCCGGUGGAGAGUUUGAGCAGUCGAUACUUAGUCCUUUGAAGGAACCCUGCAGUGCUCCCAGAAGAUCUCCCAGGUUCAAGUCAAAACAUGCUAAAAUGGAGGGUAAUAAUGAACAACCCGAGGGUGAGAGUCGUGGAAUGCAGAAGGUAU